CGCCAGCCAAAGGGGCUACUUUCCACCAUAGCGUGCGAAACCCUUCGGCGGUGUUAAUUCGUCCUAUCCUCACUCUUGAAAGACCCUCGCAAUGGCGCCAAAGAAGAAGGAAGAGCCCAAGCCGGUGGAAGCUCCUAAGCCUGAGCCCGAGCGCCCCAAGACGCCAGUGUUUGACGCUGCAUCAGUGAAGUUGGAGUUCACCCCUGAGCAAAUUGAAGAUUUCAAAGAUGCCUUCCAGUUGUUCGACAGAACACCCGCCAAUGAAAUGAAGAUAACUUACGCACAGUGCGGCGACCUCACCAGAGCCCUUGGUCAAAACCCAACCAACAAGGAGAUCAUGUACGUUCUAGGAAAGCCCAAGCCAGAAGAAAUGCAAACCAAGAUGCUGAACUUUGACGAGUUCCUGCCUAUCCACCAGCACUUCUGUAAAGGGAAGGACAGCGGGACGUAUGAGGACUUUGUUGAGGGUCUGAGGGUGUUCGACAAGGAGGGCAACGGUACAGUCAUGGGCGCUGAGCUCAGACACGUUCUCUCAGUAAUGGGUGAGAAGCUGAAGGAGGACGAGGUGGAGCAGCUGAUGCAGAACCAGGAGGACGCCAACGGCUGCAUCAACUACGAGGCCUUUGUCAAACACAUCAUGGCGUCUUAAGAAAAUGAUGACUUCAGAAGGCCGGAAUCGAUGUAUACAUCCAAUUCUAUCUCCCAGUCUUCACUUAUGCAAAUUGCGUUACAAGGGACUUUUCAAUGUUGUUUGUCUUGAUUGAGUGCCCAACUUGGAGGCAAGAAACAGUAUACAUUUGUUGCACAUAAACCUUGUUCAUAUUGUAACCUAAUUAAAUUCGGAAAUAAAGGAUUCGUUUUCCAACAA